CCAUGUUUGGAAUAUGAAUUAGAAAUGACAAAUACUCUUAACCAAGCAAGAAGGUAUAUUACGCUUGGACAAAUAGGAAAGCCUUUAGAUGUUUGCACGUGGGAUACACGUGAGAUGUGAUAUACGUGAAACCAAAACGUGGUUAUGUUAAAAGAAAGAAGAUUAUCAUCUCUUUUAGGCGAUAAUGGGCUUUUAAUUCAGCAUAAGCCCAACUUGAUGCACACGUUUCUAUUAAUCAAAACUUAAGAGCGAGAUGUUUAAAAUCCUACACAUUGUGGAUAAAACUAUGGGAUAUAUUCUGUUUUUACAUUCGCAAGUCUGCAUAUCCAUCCAAUUUCUACAAUUACGGUAACUAAUUUUAAGAAAUCUUGGAGUAAUUUAUAAUAUAUAUAUUUCCAUAGUUGAUUUCUUAUACAUAAAUUCAAAAAUCUUUAAGAUACCGACUUGGCAUACAAGAAUGAUAUAUUUCCAUUAUUAAUUCUCUCAUUUAAUUCUCACAUAUCUCUCUUUUGCUAUAUAAUAAGAUGACUACGUCUUCUUUUUUCAACACACUUAAAAGCUACACACAAGAAGAAAAAAAAGUUAUAUUCAUUCGUUUGAGAUGGCUGCAAUGAACAUGGCUCUGGAGAAAAAGAUCGAAGCUGACGUGACUUUGAAUGCUAAUGGUGGCAAAAGGGCUUACGUCACUUUCCUCGCUGGAAACAAAGACUAUUGGAUGGGUGUGGUCGGUCUAGCCAAAGGACUGCGCAAGGUGAAAUCAGUCUAUCCACUCGUUGUGGCCUGUCUUCCGGAUGUGCCAGAAGAACACCGUCAAAUCUUGGUGGCUCAGGGAUGCAUCAUCCGUCAGAUUGAACCGGUCAUUCCACCAGAAAACAUAAUUGGUUAUUCCAUGGCUUACUUUGUUCUCAACUACUCCAAACUUCGUAUUUGGGAGUUUGUGGAAUAUGAGAAGGUUAUGUAUUUGGAUGGAGACAUUCAAGUGUUUGGUAACAUUGACCAUCUUUUCGACACUCCUUCCGGUUACUUGUACGCGGUUAAAGAUUGCUUUUGCGAAAUUUCAUGGUGCAACACUACUCAAUACCAGAUCGGUUACUGCCAACAGUCACCCGAAAAGGUAACAUGGCCGGUGGAAACUCUCGGUUCUCCGCCGCCUACCUAUUUCAACGCUGGUAUGUUACUGUUUGAACCAAAUCUUGUCGUGUACGAGGAUCUCCUUCGUGUUGUUCAGAUCACCACUCCAACGUAUUUUGCUGAACAGGAUUUUCUGAAUAUGUAUUUCAGAGACACCUACAAGCCAAUUCCUUCCACCUACAACCUUGUAUUGGCUAUGUUGUGGCGUCACCCGGAACAUGUUGACCUUAACCAAAUCCGUGUGGUCCAUUACUGUGCAAAUGGCUCCAAGCCAUGGAAAUAUGAUGAAACCGAAGAGCACAUGGAGCGUGAAGACAUAAAAAUGCUUGUGAAGAAGUGGUGGGAGAUUUAUGAAGAUCCAAGUUUGGACUACAAGAACUUUAUGGAAACUGAGCCUAAGUUGAAUCCGAUCGCUACUGCAGUCUUAGCUUCAAAGGAGUCUGAUGGUGAUGUUCUCACGAGCCUUGCCCCCUCAGCAGCAUAGCCAAUCUUUUAGCCGAAGCUAUGCUAUGCAACCUUUUUUUUGUUUUCUGUUUUUUUUGGUUUUAAUAGAGGUUUAGCCAUAUAUAUAAUUUUAUCAUAAUUAUAUAUAGCGACCUCGUUUGAGUUUUAUGUUUGUGAGAUUAGAGGUGGUUGGUCUUGUGUUUUGGUUAGCCUUUUGUGUCAAUGCCGACCUUGAUCAACCAUGCAUGCCUUUGCCUCUUUUGUUUUAUCAUUAAUCAAUAAUAAGAACUUUCUUUUGGUUUUCAUUCUCUAUUACUAUUCGUUCAUUCUUUUGCAAAACAAUUUGAUAUAUAUUUUUUCGAAAGCUAAGAUGAUUUUUAGUA